AGGACACCAGAGGACUUCUUGACCUAUCCGGGCGGGGCGGGGAAGACGAAAAGGUGGUGGUGAGGCAGGGCCUUUCCGGAGGCGAUGCCGUCUGCAUUCUCAGUCAGCAAGUUCCCCGUCAGCAUCCCCGCCGUGAUCACGACGGACUGGACGGAGCCCUGGCUCGUGGGGCUGGCUGCCUUCCACGUGCUCUGCCUGCUGCUCACCUGCUUCUCAUCGCGGAGGUACAAGCUACAGGUGGGGCACUUCCUGUGCCUGGUGACCUUAGUCUACUGCGCGGAGUACAUCAAUGAAGUGGCGGCAAUGAACUGGAGGUUGUUCUCGAAAUACCAGUAUUUUGACUCGAGGGGCAUGUUCAUCUCCAUAGUGUUCUCGGCGCCCGUGCUGCUGAACGCCCUGGUCAUCGUGGUCCUGUGGGUGCGCAAGGCCCUGACCGUGAUGACCGACCUGAGGGCCCUGCAGCAGAGGAGGAGGGCCAGGGGCAGGCCCAGGAGGAGUGACGCCUCGGAUCCGGCCUCGCGCGCUCCUGGACUGCACUUAGACCAGCCUUUAGGGCAGAGUUUGCCGCAUGUCCACCAGGGCACUCGCCGGGCCUGCAGGGGGUCCCAUCUCUCCAGUUAAGUUGUAAGCAAACGGAGCCGCGCACGUCGCCGCACGUCCACGGGACUCCUGUGACCGUGUGAGCUACCAGACAUCUGUCCACGUGGGGACGGUGACUGAGUGAGGGACAGUGCCAUGCACGCGUGGGCACCUCCGUCACCCCCAUCAACUCGCAUCACCUCCAUCACCCCCUGUCAACCCCCAUCACGCCCGUCACCUCCUAUCACCUCCAUCACCCCCGUCACCCCCAUCACCCCCGUCACCUCCGUCACCCUGGUCUGAUCUGCAUAGCGGUGGCCUCUCCAUGUGGUGCUGCCACAGGACAGAACAUGAGGGGCUGCCUUUCCUUUCAUCCAGUUAGAGAUGUGACGACACUCGGAGGCCCUGGGUCGGAAUCCACAGAAGCAGUGGCUGGAUGAGCCCCUUGAGUUGUUUUUUGGAAGGAAAGUUGCCAGUAAAAACAGUCAACAUUCACCUGUUUCAACUAACAGAUUUUUUUAUGGCAAAUACAAAUAUCGAUUGUAUUCCUGUGUUCCACCUUCUUUUUACCCUUUGGGUGUCCUGGGACGUGAUGCCGUUGGUUUAUCGGAGCAGGUGCACUAUUUCUCUGUGAUGUCCGCUCUGUAAACCAGCGUCUGUGCAGGACGCUCGUGGUCUUGUCACACCUGGAGCUGCAGCUGGAGGAUGACGGGUGAGCAGCGCACCUGUCUAAACACACAGCGUUCAGUAAAGAGGAUGCUGUUGGCUCCUGAUUUGGGUUUACGAAAAUAGUUUGUGAAUAGUUACCAUAAUUUUAACAAGAUAAGUGAAAUACAUUCGUCCGAUUUCAAAAAGAAAAGAAAAUUUGUUCAUAUGAAAGCUUUAGAAGCUCAAAAGGUGACACUUUGACAGAUUAUGAAAUUAAAUCUUGAAAUCCAGAUAUAUAAAGGUUUUAUAGGUAGGUAUAAACUCUGAGUAGAGAAAUUAUUUCCUGAAUUUUGACAUUAGUUGUAGAAGUGAGUGGGUAGAACUUCCUCGAUAAAUCUACUGGAGAUCUUAACCUGAAAUUUUUUCCAGUCCCUCCUUGAUGUCUUAAACUUCUGUACUGAACGUUUUAAAAAUCGGCUUAGGGGCUUCCCUGGUGGUGCAGUGGUUGAAAGUCCGCCUGCCGAUGCAGGGGACACGGGUUUGUGUCCCGGUCUGGGAGGAUCCCACAUGCUGCGGAGCGGCUGGGCCCGUGAGCCAUGGCCGCUGAGCCUGCGUGUCCGGAGCCUGUGCUCCGCAACGGGAGAGGCCACAACAGUGAGAGGCCCGUGUACCGCAAAAAAAAAAAAAAAAAAAAAAAAAAAAAAAUCGGCUUAAAAAACAGCAUCUCAUGUGAAGUCAGAUUUUAAAUUUCUUGUACCUGACAGCAUGCCUCAUUUUGCAUUUCUGGAAAUUUCCAGUUCAGGGUGUCUAAUGUUCUCAUGGCUUCAGAAGAGUCCACUGCAUCCCGAGUGAUUUCCUCGGAGAGCAGGGCCGAGCUGGCCGGUGCCCUGGGAGCGCGGGUAUGGUGGGAGGGGCUGAGGGCGAGAUGGCUGGUCCCUUCCAGCCAUGCGGUCAGGCCGGGGCCCAGGGGACAGAAUGCAUGGAUAGGAACAUUCUGGCCUCGGCCACACAAGCCAAGGAGGUUCUGGGGCAUUUUCCCUGUCCAUAAUUAUUUGGGCUGUCUUAAUAUGGGACUAGCUGACUGAAUCUCAGUUUUCCUGUGAUAGUAGUGUAAUAGCAUUGUUAACUUCGCAUAAAUUUGGCGUUAAUGGCAUAUCAACCUAAAGACAUGACAUGGGCCUUUUCGUUCACUGGUGUGUGCAAUUAUUUUGUAACAGUUUUGUUUUCACAAACACUAUUUUUUAACUGUUUUUGGUAAGUUCACAUUCAGUGGCUAAUGCAGUGUUAACAGAUAUUUCUCUGUGCUGCUUGGGGAAAUCCUGCAAGCCAGAAUUGUCCCCAGAGGGUUUGGGGUGUAUGAGCCUUGCUGUGUGGGGCAUGACAGGAGGGGUUCACAGGGGCCCUCCUGGCCCGUUGAAGGAAAGCAUAUCCCCAUUCCUGGUUUCCUGCGGUCCCUUCUCACCCCAGAGCUUUAGCAAAAGGGGGUGGGUUUGGAGCCAGAGAAGGAUGCCCGGUGACGUUGUUUGGGCAUCUGAUGGAAGUUUGUGUAAGUAAAUGAAACAGACCACAAAACAUUUACACAUCAGCUAACACCUACAUGAAAUAAAUAAGCAAAACUGUAGA